AUGAGCAUAAAUACUUCAGAAAUCCAAAGAUUUUCAAAGGGACUUCCUCCCACUCCAUAAGAAAAAAAAAUUUGCCAGCCCAUUUUUUAAAUAUUUUUUUGUGUUGGUUAUGGGACAAAAUUAAAAUUUAAACUAAUAAAAUUAUUGUUUUAAAAUGCAAGCUGCCUAAAUUUGAUAGAAUAAGCUAGAUUUUUCAUCAUAAUAUACUUAAAUGUUAAAUUAUUUAUGGGGUUUGACCCUUAAUAGCCUGAUAAGGGCAGAUGAUUCCCCGCUGAUCAUCGAGUUGGUCCAACCAACAAGUGAUUUGGUCCGACCAACGCACUAAGUUGGUUGGACCAACUCGAUAAUUCCGCAGGGAAUCAUCUACCCUUAUCGAGCUGUUAAGGGUCAAACCCUAUAUAAAAAUUUCUUAUAUAAUAAAACAAAUUUUUUUUGCUGCUCAGAGGUUUAGCAUGUUAAUUUUUAUUUUUUUUUGCUUGUUAACAGAGGAAUGACUUAGCAUCUUUUGAAAUCUCAGAGCUGGAUUUAUUAUAUAAGAAAAAACCAAGAAUAAUGCCUUUGGUUAAAUUCCACAUAAAGAACGAAGAUAUUUCAAAAUACUAUGAAAAUCAAUUGAAAAUUCAAACCAAAGUCAAAAAAAUUUUCCAUGACCAAGAAUUAAAAGAGGACAACAGUUGCUAUAAAACUUCGAAAUUAUCAAAAAUAAAUAGCUUUGAAAGGAGCCAAAACAAGUUAAAAAGGAACAAUUUUUAUCACAAAAUUAAAGUUUCUUGCAAAAGCAACAUAAAUUUGCCUCCAAUUAAGAAAAAAUAUGAAAAUGUGCCUGAGGUAAGCUUUAAAUGUGCAUCUUUAUUGGAGUUAUUAAGCCCUUAUUCACUAAAAAGUAUAGAUUUGAGAAGAAAUAAAAAUAAGCUUAUUGGGCUUAAGAGUGCAAAAUAUAUCAAAAUGAAAUCUCAAGAGCUUAAAAAUGAAAGCAUUGAUUCACCUGAUUAUUUAAGCAGUUAA